GAAUUUUGUAUUAAGCUUACUACCGAUCUUAUGCGAUCGACAUAUACGGGUAGAUGGCGGGCCUUUCUUUCUGGAAAAUGUGGGGAGCAUGCCAAGUUGCGUCUGGGGAGCAUAUGACUGCAUUGUGUUAAUUGGAUUUGAAGGUUUCUGCACGAAUCCCAGGUGCGGAUUAGAAUGCUUGGUCGUCGUAGUGUCAAUGCUACUCCAGAUUCCGGGGAGUGGGAAGAGAUAUAUAAGAGAGUCGUCUGGCGAAGGAAGUUCAGUCUUAUCCUCCACUGACUUCAAAGACCUUCAACAGUCCCCGUCAAGUAGCACAAGACCAGCCAAGUCUGGUCAAGUCAGCCAACAUGAAGGUCCUCGUUGCAGCAGCUCUCUCUCUUCUCCCUGCCCUCAGCUCCGCACACUGCAUCGCCCAAAACGUUAGAAUCAACAACCAGGACCAAGGUCAGGCCGUUGGCAUCCGCGUUCCAAACAGCAACAACCCUAUUCAAAACGUAAACGACGGAAGCUUUGCCUGUAACUCUGGAUAUAAAAGCCCUGUAUCUACCACGGUCAUCUCUGUUAAGCCAGGAGACAAGGUUGGCGUUAAGUGGGGACAUGUUCUCGGCGGCGCCCAGUUCGCCAACGACAAGGACAACCCGAUCGCACCCAGCCACAAGGGCCCUACGAUUUUCUACCUCGCCAAAGUCGACAACGCCGCAAGCGCCCAACCUAGUGGGCUGAAAUGGUUCAAAGUUGCUGAAGACGGACUCGACGGGUCCGGGAAGUGGGGCGUCGAUAGGAUGAUCGCCGCUGGUGGCUGGUCCGACUUCACAAUGCCCUCGUGCGUCGCUUCAGGCCAAUACCUUCUCCGCGCUGAAAUCAUCGCCCUGCACUCGGCGAAGACUCAAGGAGCCGCGCAAUUUUACAUGGGGUGUGCGCAAAUUAAUGUUCAGGGCAGUGGAACUAAGACGGGCGAUACAGUGUCGUUUCCCGGAGCGUAUUCGGCGACAGAUCCGGGGAUCUUGAUUAAUAUUUAUGAUACAAUGGGCAAUCCUAAUGGUGGUGGAAAACCGUAUAAGAUUCCUGGGCCGCAAGUUUUGCAGUGUUGA